UACGAAGAAUUGUUUGCAAUCAGGUUCCUGUUUCUAUAAAAGCACAUACAUAUAUUUUCCUUUCUCAAAACUUUCAAAGAACUUAGAUAAAAUACUUACCCAUCCAAACGAUAUCUUUCAAGUUCGGAAGCCAUAGAUAGCUUCGUAAAAUAGAUGCGGAUCCCUUCAGGCCAGAUAAUAAGAAAGAGAAUUAACAUUAUCUCUUGCCUGUUGGAUCAGAAAGUAAUCAAUCGUGUAGUAACUACACGUGCUACUGAUUACCCAAAAAAAAAACUACACGUUCUACUGCUGCCAUGAUCUAGGUGAUGAUUGUUUUACUUGUUUUUAGUUUUUGGAUUUUAGUUUUGUUUUGUAAAAUAUUUUAUGCUAUUAAAUACUCCCAACUUAUCUCCUAUUUUAUCUCCCCCCACUAACCCAUAUCUUGGCGAACGCCCAAAGUCUUGUUCUUUUUCUACUCUUACAAUUUUUUGUUAAACUCUUUCAACACAGUUUUUAAAAAUAUUACAAAUUUGACUCUUUGUGGCUUGGAGUAGCGCAGUCUGGCGUCCAUUCUCAUCAUGUGGUAAAAAACCUCAUUUGAAUUACCAAUAAGAUUGCUCUAAUUACAAUAUAAUAUACUAUAUAUAGAGGAAAUACAAAUAUAGGAAGUAGAAGAAACAUAGGAAAGUCCAACCACACGAACAUGCUUCUACUUUUUCUCGACAACAAUCAAAUAGAGAGGUCUACCUCGUAGAUAUCUCUUAAUAUAGAUUACACUUACAUAUUCAACGAAAAAAAAAAAAAAUUCAACGAAGCAUCUUAUAAUUGUAGAUCGAUAUACGUCUCAUGAUAUUCACAAUGUCAUCGUUUCCUCCCGUUAUCUUCCUCGUCCUAGUCUUUGUCCCUUCCAUAUUAUCAGCACCGGUGACAAGUUUAACCAAAGACUAUUACCAAGAAACGUGUCCUGAUUUCAGUAAAAUUGUUCGUGAAACCGUUACGACCACGCAAGGCCCGCAGGGGAGGACAGCUGCUGGAAUACUCCGUCUCUUUUUCCACGAUUGUUUCUUAGAAGGAUGUGACGCGUCCGUACUAAUCGCUAAAAAUGCUUUAAACAAAUCUGAACGCGAUGAUGAACUCAACCAUUCUCUUACGGAAGAAACGUUUGAUAUCGUGACUCGCAUCAAAGCAGCUCUUGAAGAGUCUUGUCCCGGUGUUGUGUCUUGCGCAGACAUCUUGGCUCAGUCCACGCAUGACGUUGUCACAAUGAUUGGUGGGCCUUCCUACGAAGUCAAGUUAGGUCGUAAAGAUGGGUUUGAGUCGAAAGCUCAUAAAGUUAGAGAAAACUUACCAUUACCAAACCACACGGUCGACGAUAUGAUGUCGUUAUUUCAAAAGAAAGGUUUCACUCUAAAGGAGAUGGUUGCACUAAGCGGCGCACACACUAUCGGAAUUUCUCACUGCAAAGAUUUCAUCAGCCGGGUCAUUGGGCCACAGCCUGAUCCAGAUAUCGAAGCACGAUAUGCUGAAGUUCUUAAAAGUCUAUGCAAGGAUUACACAGUGAAUGAAACGAGGGGCUCGUUUCUUGAUCCGGUGACGCCAGACAAAUUCGAUAAUAUGUAUUACAAGAACUUGGAAAAAGGGAUGGGACUGUUAGCUUCCGACCACAUCUUGUUUAAAGAUAAUAGUACGAGACCGUUCGUGGAGUUGUAUGCGAAAGACCAGACAGUUUUUUUCGAGGAUUUUGCACGUGCCAUGGAGAAACUAGGCAUGGUCGGUGUUAAAGGCGACAAAGAUGGAGAGGUGAGACGCAGAUGUGAUAACUUAAACAAACCUAACGGUUCAGUGGCGGAGCCAGAAAAAAGUUUUACCGGGGGCAAUAUAAGUUUUGAACUUAAUUUAUAAGGGGCAAUAGUAGAAAUUUUACCAUCUAAACCAUAUAAAUUUUGAAUAAUCAAUGAAAAUGCACAAAAAAUCAAUAUUUUAUAAGGGGCAACUGCCCCCCUUCCUCUCUACCUCCCUCCCUCUGCCACUGACCUAACGUAUAACUAACGUUAAGAGUAUAAUUGAGUUCAGUUUUUGUUUUGUUUUGAAUGAUGUAUAUAUAAGUUAACGUAACAGUUCCCAUAGUGUAAUGAUAUAUAUGUUUUGUAUUGGACUUUGAAUUUUUGUAUGUUAAUUGAAAGUUCUUAGUUAUUAGUUAUUACUUUGCGGAGGAAUAUAAA